AUGGUUUAUACGCCAUUACUUCACUGUGGGUUACUUAAGGUCAUAUACCGUAAUUAUUGUACCCUCUUCUCCGUAGGAUGCGGCAAGCGACCAAUUUCUACACGUGUGGUGGGUGGAAUUAAUGCUGAGCCAAAUUCCUGGCCUUGGCAGAUAUCUUUGAGAGUUAAAGCGCGAGGAAAACUGUAUCACAUUUGCGGAGGAUCUCUCAUUUCUACGACGCAUGUUGUCACCGCAGCACACUGUGUCGUGCAAAAUGCCGCUCCGAGUCGUUACAAAGUUGUCGUAGGUAAGCUUAAUUUCGUCCUUAAAUACCGCGUGAUAGGGUAUUUGUCUUUCGCUUGGAAAUCUCAUGUUUGCUGUUUUUACUCUUCGCAAUUUGUGUGAUGGAAGUCGUCAUUGACAAAACCGAAAGGGUUCAGCUGCUUGUGAGAUGGGCUUCCUUUAGAAGACACCAAAUAAGUAAAAGUAUUUUUAUUCGUAACAUGCAGGCUCUUCUAAGGAUGUAAGUGUGUUGGGUUUAUGAGAGAAGUACUCUUUCUUCACGGUAAUUGGAAUACGAAUAGUUUUUUCUUAGUCAAAAGUGAUCAGAUGAAAAAGCAACUGAGACUUUGAAGUCCGUUGAAGAACUUAUUCAUUCAGGACUGUAUUAAACGCUCCGCCUCAGAGAUCUGUGUGCAUGCGUAGUUUUCUUUGUCUUUAGGUUUAUUCGUAUCGUCCUUACGCCAUUCAUCUGGAAAACUUUCAAGGAACUCUUAUUUCUCAUUCACUUCACACGAUUUUUUUAUUCUUAAUAUUCUUUCUCUUUUCUCUUUUCUCUUUUUUUUCUUCCCUCUUUCCCUUCCCUUCUUUCCUUUUCCUUUUCCUCUUUUCUCUUUUAAUACUUUCCUUUUCUUUCUUUUUUUCUUUCUUAGGUGAACACGACCAGACCGUAGAAGAAGGUGCAGAAAAACUGAUAGACGUGGCUGCUGUCUGUUAUCACGAAGGAUUCUCCAUGAAACAUAUACAAAACGAUAUCGCCCUGCUCACACUCGCCAAACCGGUAGUGCUGAGUGACAGGAUUAACACCGUUUGCUUACCACAGCAAAGUCGACAGGUUCCCGCCGGAACCAACUGUUACAUAACAGGUAGCCAAUCAAAGUCUUGUACUCACGUCAUGAACAUAACCCUGGUCGUGGAACUGGGUUAUUUAUUUUUCUUUGAAAUAUGGGAGCGAGUAAGAAUCUAUCAAGAAACUUGGAAAAUUCUCAAAUUUUGUAACGCUACCCUUGCAUGCAAAAAUAUCAACUUUCUUUGCAAUCAGUUUUCGCGAGGCGGCGAAACACUAAAUCAAUCUAUUGCAUUUGUGACAGGCCCUAACAUGAAGAAUUUUCGCGUUCGUAUUGUUGAAAAGGGAUAAUUGCCAGCGUAUGCAACAUAAAACUUUUGAUGUUCAACAUCAUUCUUUAUAAAACAACCGAAAUAGUACGAGUGCCCUGAUUGGUCGAAAACUUAUAGUUUGUUUCACCAGUAAACCCAUAGAAACUUGAAAAAUAAUGUGUUUUGUUUUAAGUUUAUUUUAUAAAUUAAAAGCAAUAGGCUACACUUUCUGUUGGUUGGCCGAUGUAAUAAACCUCUUGUGAUGCUGGGAGAAUACGAAGAAAGUUUGUUAAUCACGAGGCGAAAGGUGAGUGAUUUACAAACGUGUCUCGUGAUCUCCCACCAUCACAAGCGGGUUAUUACGUCGGUCAACCGAAAGAAAGAGCGAUUUAUUGUUUAGGGCUCCUCUAACCUUCUGUGAUAUUCUUCAGGGCUUGUCACUUAGUGUGCCGAACGAAGAAUUCGUGACAGACGAAAACUUAUAUCUUCAAGACUAAGCUUAGGACAUUUUUAUAGGUUGGGGGAGAAUCAUCGGCGGUGGAAAACCAGCAAAAAUCCUUCAACAAGCUGUCAUGCCAGUAGUGGAGCAUCAGACAUGCGCAGUGGCCAACAAAGACAUUGUGCCAGUGGAUAAACACAGCAUGGUAUGCGCUGGAUAUGCGACAGCAGGAAAUGUGAUCAGCGGCUGCCAGGGAGACAGUGGAGGUCCAUUUGUUUGUAAAGAAAAUGGGCAUUUUGUACUUCAUGGGGCUGUGAGCUGGGGACAUCCUCGGUGUGAAGCAGAGACCACUUACACCGUUUUCACCCGCAUAAGCUCCUAUGUGGAUUGGAUCAAUCAUAAAAUCGCCAUGGGAGGUUCGGCGAAUUUUUUAUUUUAAAUUUCAUCUCCGUUCUGAUAUCAAUAACAUUUUGGUUUCAUUUUAUUAUUGAUUGAAUUACCAUCCUCCUCUUUUUCGUCGAUUAGGUUACGGACAAGGAUGUACUCCAACCCCUGCUCCACCCACAAAACGACGUAAGCAAAACUAUCAUCUCAUAUCAGUUGCAACUAAUUUCACGCAGCAAACCCCCAAAGUUAAAUAAUUACCGAUCCCAAACAAUGACAGGUCUUUGAGUGAAUAUAUGGUGUACAUGUACUAGGGAAAACAGCGAGGCAUGCGCAAUUAGAAGCCUCAAGUAAUUUAAUCAAAUCAUCUUCACAUUCUUUUUUUAACCUCAGUAUAUUUUGUAGAGUAUGGUAGUUUAUUGUCAAUUGAUCGUUUUCAAAAUGCGUCAUAACUUUGAGUUGACACUAAAAAAAAAUAUUUCUAUCUUAUAGCCUGUUUUGACCGAUGGGGCACAGAACAUUGCCAGCGUUAUAAAGGACAAUGUGGAGUACACACUGUGAGAAUCAGCUGCCGUAAAACGUGUAACUUCAGAUGUUAAC